ACCGGCUUUACCUAAAAAGCAAUGCACCAGAAGAAUCUAGUGACUCAUGAAAAAGGCUAUACCUUCAAGAUAAUAUUUCUUAUAUAAAAAAAAAAGCAAAAGAAAAGAAAAGAAAAGAAAAGCACCAAGAGUAAAGAACCAUUAACCACAACUUUAAAUACGUAUGCUCGCUUCCCCUGCGAAACUCUCUCUCCCCUUUUACCUUCGCCCCUAAGUCUUCUUUUCAUCGCCUUGCUUUCUCUUUGUUUUUUGUUUUGGUUUCCCCUGUUCUUCAAUGGCAGAUGUAGACACCUACACCAAAGGGCAGCAACUAGUAAAAGAACAUAACCAAGCAAACCCAAGUAAGUGUCAUACGAAUUACCUUUACAAAGCCUUCGUAGUCAUAAUUUUCUUGGUUAUAAUCCCACUUUUUCCCUCACAAGCCCCUGAAUUCAUCAACCAAUCCCUACUCACCAGAAGCUGGGAGCUUCUUCACCUUCUAUUUGUUGGCAUAGCUGUCUCUUAUGGUCUUUUUAGCCGGCGAAAUGAUGAAACUGAGAAAGAACACAAUAACAACUACAACAACCAAUCCAAGUUUGAUAGUGUACAGUCUUUCGUGUCUAGAUUCCUUCAAGUGUCAUCAGUUUUCGAUGAUGAAGCUGAAACCUUAUCUGGGUCUGAUGAAACCAAGGUCCAGACUUGGAGUAGCCUUUACCAUAGGAAUGAACCCCCUGUUAUUGUUGCUAAAGAACAUGCUGUUCUUGAUGACAACACAAGUUCUAGUCCUAGAAACCCUGAAAAGCCUUUGCUUUUGCCUGUUAGGAGCUUGAGAUCGCGUGUUUUGAAUGAGACAGGUAGGGGAAACAGUGCAAAUUCUAACUCUCUAAGUAGGUCUAAUUCUGGUUUAAGUUCCAAAAGGUUUUCAACUAAAGGUACAAAUGGGGAACUGAGAGGAUCGGACCAAGAAACUUUGGUGGAGAAAUGGAGUGAUAACAACGUUGUUCUUCCUUCACCAAUCCCGUGGCGAUCAAGGUCUGGAAGAAUGGAAAUGAAAGAAGACAUUGAAUCUCGGUCAUUUAAGAGGUCCCAAAGUAAUCGUUUGAGUCGGUCCAAUUCCAUGUCUUCUUCACCAAAGAAAUCAGUAUCUCCUCCUCCUCCAUCAACGGAAUCACAAGCCAAGAGUGCAGAGGAUUUCGUGAAGAAAAAAAGCAUGUACAGGUCUCCUCCCUCACCUCCUCCACCUCCCCCAAUGAUUCACAAACCAUCAUCAUUGAAACCAGUUUCUCCCUUGACACGUAAUGGUGAAAUCCGAAAUGGGAUCAAUGGCAGGGCAGUGAGGUUCGAUCAAACAUCAUCGAGGACUGAGAAACUGGUGAUGCAAAACCCAACUUUCAUGGAAUUUCCCCAGCAAGAAAAUGCCGGAAAGUUUGUGGUAGAAACCAGUGAUGAUGAUUCAGAGAGUGAGGGUGAAACUCCUCCCAUUGUUUCCAGCACAGAAACAAGGCCAAACAAUGAGGAAGCUAAUCAAAGCAGUGGGUGCAUUGAUGGAGGGUCGGAUGUGGAUAAGAAGGCAGAUGAAUUCAUAGCCAAAGUAAGAGAGCAAAUCAGGCUACAGAGGAUUGAUUCUAUUAAGAGAUCCAGUGGCCAGUUUAAGAGAAGCAGUACAAGGUAAAGUCCGAGACAUAUGAAGCUUUACAGCUUUACAGCUUUAACACUUUAUUUUUAUUUUUUUCAUUUUCUUCUGGUUCUAUCUAUCUUUACUUGGUUUAAUGGCCUUGUUGAAUUUAAAAGGUCAUGGGUAUACAAAGAUAGUCUAGGGUUUCUACUUUUAAUGUCACCAACAACUGUAUUGAAGAAAUUGUUUUUGUUCUUCAACAUGUUGGUUACUGUGUCUCCUGUAAUUGAAGAGGAAAACUAGUAUUGGUUUUUAAUGCAUUGGACCUUUCCAGCU